AUGGUGUUCUAUCUCUGCGUCUUCAUGGGCUUUAUCCGCAUUGAUCGUUUUGAUCCUAAAACAUGGAUCAUACCUGGUGAUAACUCUAGAACCUACACACUGGAGAAAGAGCAGCUUUCACCUAGCAGAACUAUUUAUGACAGGAAGAAGAGGAUGAUUGAAAUGAAGACCGUUGCUGAUGUAAUUGAGGCCCUCAUUGGUGUAUUCCUUUGCUCUACCAGUGAAAUAGCAGCCUUAGCGUUUAUGGAGUGGCUUGGUAUUGAAGUUGACUCUAUUUAUGUGCCUUACAUAAGGCCACUCCCUGCAAAUCCAGGGGAGGUGGUCGAUCUCAGAUUUUUCGAGACUCGUUUGAAUCAAUACUCAUUCCAUGAUGCUUCUCUCCUUGUUGAAGCACUUACUCAUGGUUCAUACAAGCGACCUGAGAACCCCAGAUGCUAUAAGUUCCAUACUGCAGAAGAUAUCACUGGCAUGCCUUCCAGCAAAGAUAUUAUUGUGGAUCUUGCAGAAAAGUAUGAAGAAUCGCAGAAAUCUUGCAGAAAAGCUUAUUGUGGAUUAAGUCGACAGCAAAAUUGA